AUGCAGGGUCACGACAGUGUAGAGGUCGAGAAAGGGUACCUUGAUGGAGGAAAUGACUGGGACAGGAAUGGAACGUACUCGGAGGAGCCCUAUGCACAGGGCGCCACAACCGUGGGAGAGGCCACAGGAAGAGGAGGUGACACCCAUCGUGGUCUGAAGUCCAGACAUAUUCAGUUCCUGGCCCUCGGUGGUGCUAUCGGAACAGGAUUGUUUGUUGGCUCGGGUGGUAUUCUUGCACUCGUUGGCCCAGCUCCGCUCUUCAUGGCGUACCUCUCCAUGAUGAUGGUCGUCUGGUGCGUUAUGAAUAAUUUGGCCGAAAUCGUCACAUACCUGCCAAUGAAAGGCAUCACCAUUCCGUACUUCGUCAAGCGAUAUGUCGACUCAAGCUUAGCUUUUGCUGUGGGUUGGAACUACUGGUAUGCGUACGCAAUUUUGGUAGCCGCUGAAGCCACUGCGGGAUCCAUUCUUCUGGACUACUGGAACACACCUGUGCCUGCGGGAGCUUGGAUCGCCAUAUUCAUGAUUGUCAUUCUCUUUCUAAAUAUUGUGGCCGUAGGCAUCUUCGGGGAGGCAGAAUUCUGGUUUGCUUCGAUCAAGUUCCUAACGAUCAUGGGCCUCAUCAUCCUCGGCGUAGUCAUCAUGCUCGGAGGCAGCCCCAAUGACCAAGGUCGACUAGGAUUCCGCUAUUGGAACAACCCUGGAGCAUUUACCCCCUAUUUAGUGGAUGGUAACACAGGUAAAUUCUUGGGUUACUGGACGGCUUUUGUGCGCGCCGGCUUCGCUUUCAUUACAUCGCCUGAAUUGAUCGCUUUGGCUGCUGGUGAGACGAUAGCUCCACGACGAAACAUCCCCAAGGCUGCGCGCCGCUUUGUUUGGCGACUUGCUAUCUUCUACGGCCUUGGGUCGCUCAUCAUCGGCAUCAUCGUUCCCUCGGACGACCCUCGCCUCCUAAGCCCCAGCUCCAACGCCACUGCCUCCCCCUUCGUCAUCGGCAUCGCCAGAGCUGGAAUCAGAGGGCUCAACCACGUUAUCAACGCCGCAAUUCUCACCUCCGCAUGGUCCGCCGGCAACGCCUUCCUCUUCUCCGGCUCCCGCAUCCUCUACGGCAUGGCCCUCCACGGCGACGCCCCCAAGAUCUUCGGCAAGACGAGCAAGAACGGCGUCCCCUGGGUUGCCGUCCUCGCCACCUGGGCCAUCGGCCUCCUCGCCUUCCUCAACGUCUCCAACACAGGCGCCCAGGUCUUCACCUGGUUCAGCAACAUCUCCACCAUCUCAGGCUUCCUCGCCUGGAUCGUCGUCAUGAUCACGUACAUCCGCUUCCGCAAGGCGCUCGUGUUCCAGGGCCUGCUGCACACGCUGCCGUUCAGGACCCCGUUCCAGCCGUACUUCACGUACUUUGUGCUCGGGGUCGUCAGUGUGCUCACGCUGACGAACGGCUUCCAGGUCUUCUUCCCGAGUAAGUGGUCUGUGUCGGAUUUUCUGGCGGCGUACAUCACGCUGCCGAUUUUCAUCGUGCUGUAUCUGGGGCAUAAGGCGUGGUUUCGGACGAGCUGGGCGGUUAGGAUUAAGGAUAUUGAUGUCGUUAGUGGCAAGAGGGAGAUGGACGAGCUGUGUGCGCAGGAUGUGGAUCCCGUGCCUAAGAAUGUGUUUCAGAAGAUGUGGUUCUGGAUUGCUUAG